AGUCGGUGUCCUCCAAUCACCUGCCCGGCUCUCAGUGGGAGGGGCGCGGCUCGCAGCGUCUGUGGAAACCCAGGAGGCAGCAGAGACGGCAAGAGGUGGUGAGAGUCAACUGGGGCGUGGACGCAGAUGAUCCUUUUCCUGAUGUUAGAAGGUCAGUAGUAGCCUAACGCUACAUCACUGUGCCUCAGUCACUCACCUUACUUCGUCUCAUCAUGUAGGCAUUUUAUCAUCUCACAUCGUCACAAGAAAGGUGCCUAUUGGAAUUUAUAUUCAUCCACCUUUUUUUAAUUUAAGGAGGGAAAAUGACUGCUGGUUCAGUGUGUGUCCCUCAGAUCAUACCACUGCGAGUGCCUCCACCUGGAAAAGCCAACCAUGAAAUUGAUAGCAAUACACUUUUAGAAAUGAAAUCAGACACCCCGGAUGUCAACAUAUAUUAUACGCUGGAUGGCAGCAAACCUGAAUUUCUGAAGAGAAUCGGUUAUCGUGAAAACAAUACAUUUAAGUAUACGAAGCCUAUUACUCUACCUGAUGGAAAAAUACAAGUUAAAGCUAUUGCAGUCUCUAAGGACUGCAGACAGAGUGGCAUGGUAACAAAGGUGUUUCAGGUGGGCUAUGAGCCACCAAAUGCAGUGUCUUCUGAAGACAAUGUUGAAAAUAUUCUCAAAGAUUCUUCAAAGCAGGAAUUGAAAAAUGGGUUUGUUGGGUCAAAACUACGGAAGAAAUGUAAGAAUGCUGAAAAUAAACAGGGUUGGAACGUUAACCUUAGAAAGUCUCCAAGUAUGACAUGGCAGGAUGAAGACCUUGAGGUAGGUGAAAGAACUGACUCUAAAACAUGGAAAGAUCUUCGUUUCUCAGAGAGUCCACUGGAAAUCCCACCUUACCAUGAAGAAUCAGGUUCUAGACCACCCACCCGCCAGUCUCAGUUCCCUAGUUUUGCACACAUAACUGGCCAGAAGAGUUUGACAAGCACAGAGAUCAUGAGAAUUCAAAGACAGACAGACUUUCUCAAGUGUGCCCACUGCCUGGCCCCCCGCCCAUCUGACCCCUUUGCUCGCUUCUGUCAAGAAUGCGGCUCUCCUGUCCUGCCCAUAUUUGGCUGUCGUCUCCCACCCCCAGAAGGAGCUCAGAUGGGCUUAUGUGCAGAGUGUGGAAACAUGGUGCCCAUGAAUACUCCCAUCUGUGUGGUGUGUGAGGCCUCUCUUACUCUACAGCUGCAGCCACAGGCCAGCCUCCGCUUGAAGGAGAAAAUAAUCUGCCGCACCUGUGGCACAGGGAAUCCAGCUCACCUGAAAUACUGUGUCACCUGUGAGGGGGCCCUGCUGUCAUCACAGGAGCAGCCCAUGCGCAGUGGAGAUAAAGCCCCUCCUCCCCCCACUCAGAAAGGGGAGACCAUUUCCUGCUCCAAGUGUGGUCGGAGGAAUCGCCCGGAAGCUUGCUUCUGUGACUGGUGUGGAGCCACGCCAGGCAUUUCUGCCUGCUACUCUGUUUGCCCCAAAUGUGGGGCCAGCAAUCACCCAUCUGCCCGAUUCUGUGGUUCCUGUGGUAUUUAUGUGAAGUCCUUGGCAAGACUUAGCAUGGAUAACAGCCUGGCUCUUGCCGCUGGAGAACUUCGCCCUUUUGCUGAGCCCCGAUCUGCCUGGCAGUCCCUAAAUGUUCCUUUGCUCAGACCUGAGGCUGGGACUCGGAAGGACGUGGGCACACAGACUACUGGCCUGUUCUACCCAUCUGGUGCGCUACUAGCCAAAAAGGAACUGGAAAUGGCUUCUCAAAAGCAGAGGCAGGAGAAAAUGAGUGACCAUAAACCUCUCCUCACAGCUGUCAGCCCAGGAAGAGGGUACUGGAGAAAACAGUUGGAUCAUAUCUCUGCUCACCUCAGGUCUUAUGCUCAGAACAACCCUGAGUUCAGGGCUUUGAUUGCAGAACCCAGAAUGGGAAAGCUUAUCUCUGCUACUGUCCAUGAAGAUGGCUAUGAAGUUAGCAUCCAGCUGAAUUACAUUCAAGUAUCAAACAAGAACCUUUACCUCAGCAAGGCUGUGGAUUUCAGCAGCCACUUCCUGAGCAGUGUCACUGAGGGUGGUAAUGGGCCAUUUGGCAGCAGGUCCAGCCUGGUGAGCAACUACAGCCACAGCACCUCCGAUACCACUGAAAACGUCAAGAGGACAAAGAAUUUCAAGACCAAAACAUUUCAAGAAAAGGAGCAGCUCACACCUGAAAACAGGCUCCUGCUGAAGGAAGUGGGACCGACAGGGGAAGGAAGAAUCUCUGUGAUUGAACAGCUGCUCGAUGAGGGAGCAGAUCCCAACUGUAGGGACAGUGAGGAGAGACCCCUUAUAACCAUGGCUGUUGUGAAUAAGCACCACGAAGCGAUUCCGGUUCUUGUGCAGAGAGGAGCAGACACCGAGCAGCGGUGGGGACCGCUCCGAAAUACAGCUCUUCAUGAAGCAACCCUCCUUGGCCCGGCGAGAAGGGAGUGUGUCGCUGCUUUACUGCGAUGCAAUGCAGGCAUCCAAAAGAAGAACACGAAUGGCCAGACGGCAUAUGACCUGGCUCUGAAAACUGGGGAUGAGGUCAUCACCUCACUCUUUGCUGCUAAGCUCGGCCUGGAUGACUCUUAGACCCAAGAGCCUGCACGGGACCUGAUUUCAAGAAACCAUCCAGCUCUAGCUGUUCUUUGUUUCUUUCUGAGAUGUGUUAUUUGUGGUUUGGAAAUUGAGGUUGAGAGGAACGCAUAAGAUUUUUUUUUUUUUUUUAAUAUGACAGUGUAAGCCACCAUGUGGGCAUUUCCCAAUAUGCUCUGGAUGGUGACGAAUUUAACAUAUGUUUUGUAAAGGGUCUGUUGCUGCUUAUUUUGGAAUUUUCUUUAAAAUUUAUUUUUCAAUAGAUAAUUGCACAUGGUUCAAAGCUAAACAGUAUGAAGUGUUAAGUAGUAAAAACUCUGCCAUCCCUGUCCCACAGCCACCCACGUCCCCUCCUCAGAGGCUCCAAUGAUACCAGUGUCAUCUGCGUCUUUCCAGAAAUAGUGGAGGAUUAUAUAAGCACAUGUGCGUAACAUAUGCAUAUGUACAUAUAGGGUAUGUAUAAAAUACAAAUACAGAGAACAGAUAUAUUCUUUCUCCUCUUUUAAGACAAGUACUAGCAAACUACACACCCGUCUGAUGUUUUACAUCUUGUUCUAUUCCUUAAUAUCUCUUGUAGGUGGUUCCAAAUUAGUACAUUAAGAUUAACUUUAUUUAAAGACUUUCAUUUCUAAUGUGAAAUAUUCCUAUUGUUGUGGUUUGUUCUCCGGUUGACAAACAAGCUUUGAAUAAGCCCAUGUGCAGGAAUGUGCAAUUUUGACUCACUCAUUUUUUCAGACUGUUAUUUCAGUCUUUGGGUGAUAACGCUGCAAUCGUGGAGUCCCUAAAUAGUUCCUGUUAAACUAUGUUGACAGAGUAUCUGUUAGUUUAGAAUGAGUAAUUCAGCACAAUAAAUAAUAGACCUGGU